AUGAGCACAGUAUCUGCUGAAGUGCUAACUUUAUUGAACGAAACUUUCCUGCUGCCAUUUUCGGCCACAGACAGCACAUCGCUCGCCAACAGAGUCUCACAAUUAGGAGUAGACCGUAUUCACAUCGCGGAUCUUGCAUAUACUUUCAGCAAUCGGCGAUACAAGCUCCCUGCUCGUGGCUUCCUUCUCGCUCGCCAAAGUGAACUAAAGCAGAAUUCGAGGAUUUCCGAAUUACAGACACAAAUGGCUUCUCGGAACAAUCAGACAGACAGCGCUUUUGCCUUCAUUUUCACUGGCCAGGGAGCGCAAUGGGCGGGAAUGGGAAAAGGAAAUGGAUGUGGUUCUAAAAUGACUGUCAGUAUCACACCGUCGAUCUUGGAAGGUGUUAGCCAAAUGAAUGAAGUCACGCAUUCAAAAUCAGCCUGCACUGCAAUACAAAUUGCACUCAUCGACACUCUAGUCUGCUGGGGUAUUAAACCACAAGGCUUUGUUGGCCAUUCUUCAGGUGAAAUAGCAGCAGUUUAUGCUGCGAACUAUCUGACAUCCGGGCAAGCCAUAAUUAUCGCAUAUUACCAGGGUCAUGUUGUUGGAAAACUGCCCUCCACCGGUCAAAUGAUGGCCGUAGGAAAUUCCGAGGAACAGGGUCUUGUAGAAAUCAAAAAGGCGGAGCUUCAAGGCAAACUAGUUAUUCUUGUGUCAACUCUCCAAGCAUAUCAUUCUCAUGAUAUGAAGACAAUUGGACAAGAGUAUGAAGACCUUGUCAACAGCUCUCUCGACGUUUCGAAAGCGUUGUCAUCUAAUCAAGCUGAUGUUCUGUUUCUUUCCUCGGUCACCGCUGAAACAAAGGGGUUACCGGCAGAUUCAGGAUAUUGGCGUGUAAAUCUUGAAUCUCCAGUCGUAUUUUCUCAGACUAUUCAGGCCCUCCAGAGUGGGCGUAAGCUUCAGCUUAUUGAACUGGAUCCACAUGCAGCUCUCAAACUUCCAGUAAUCCAAUUCGAAUGGAAUUGGGAAUUAGCGAAGAGUAUCUACCUUAUUAUAGACUCGAAGACCGUCGGAGUCAUGGUCAAAGAUCUACCACCAUACCCUUGGACAUACGAUCAAGUUUUAUGGAAGGAGAGCCGUGCUAGUCUUGAAUUUCGGCAAAGGAAAUUCUCACGCCACGAGCUUCUUGGAUCGCUUAUUACAGGUGAUAACCCGGUAAAUCUUUCGUGGAGAAAUUUAUUGAACGUCAAGGAUGUGCCAUGGCUCGAAGAUCACAAGUUUGGUCAAACGAUCGUUUUCCCCGCUGCCGCAUUCGUGGGGAUGGCUAUCGAGGCUAAAUCUCAAGUUCAUGGAAAGACAUCUGAAGGUUCCAUGGAGCCAAGUGCGAUCCGCAACUGGUAUAGGAAGUUGAUCAAAGAGGGUCUCAACUUUGGUGCUGGGUUUCAAUCUAUCAAAAAACCUCAGAUUCAUUACUUUAUCACGCAUAAAAAUCCCACGCUGAGAAUACUUGAACUUGGUGCUGGUCAACACCAUGCCGACUUUACCGAUGUCUAUCUAGACAUCCUGCGAGAUUCGACAGAAUUUUCUCGCCACAGUUCUUUUACUACUGGUAAACUAAUUGAAGGCGAUAUACCCAUUUUCAAACGGCCGACGACUAGUACAGAGGUUGAGAAAUGGGCACCAUAUAUAUCCGAGGAUCAUUUUGACUUGGUUAUCCUAACGGAGGCCCAAAACUCCGACUCUACACUUGGUAGCCGACUUGAGAUCAUUGCUCGACUGUCAUCUCCUAGCGGCCUUGUAGUUGCUCGUUCGCAAACCACUAUCACAUCAUUACACACUGUCAAUGAUUUUGACGUUACAAGUUGCAAAUUAAAACAAGAAGGUUACCUGAUUUUAGCUAAAAAGCAUUCGAAAGAAAGUUCGAAGAAUGUUUCAGUUAUUUCCAACAUAAUUUUGGCUGAGGACAAACCCAGUGAUUUAGGUGAAAUCAUUACGGAAGCUUUCAAAGGUCUUCUUGUCUCGGUUCCAGUUACACACAUGAUUCUAUCCGAGAUCAAUUCAGCCAUUAUCGCAUCAAAUGCUGCUAUCAUUGUGAUAGCAGAAAAACAGAAGAAUCUGUUUUCAACUUUGAAGUUCUUUACCUUGGACAUCGAUGAUAACACCCCCGUUACUAGAACAACACAGAAUAUACUUGAUAUUCUUGCUCAAAAAGAAGGUUCACUGGACUUUGAGUUUGUCCAACAAAAUGGCGUUAUUCAUGUUACAAAAGCAGGGGAAAAUGCUACCUGUGGAUUGGAAUACAGUGGAUUUAUCAAAUCCAUCGGCUGUACAGUUCAAACUGUAGCAGCCGGUGUGGUAGUCAUGGCAUCACAUUAUUUCAAGCUAGUGGAACGAGUACCUCAUUGGGCGUGUGUAAAGAUGGAAAAGGGUGAAGAUUUCAACACUGUCUCAACGUUGCCUGUGGCAUUUUCUACAGCGAUCUAUGCUCUUCAUGAUCGAGCGCGAAUACAACCUCGAGAGACAGUUCUCAAUCACUCUGGUGCUGGUGGCUUAGGCAUCACAGCUAUUCAGAAUGCAAAGUUGGCUGGUGCAGCGAUUUUUACCACAGUUGGGAGUCAUGACAAGCGCGAGUAUUUGAUCGAAACUUUUGGCAUCAACCCUUCACACAUUUUCAACUCGCGUGACUCAUCCUUGGGGGUGGAUUCUUAA